GGGUGGUGACAAAGCCUAAGACAAAGAGGCCUUGAAGGCCAUGGUAAGGCUUUUUUACUUUAUGUCUUUAUCCUAAAGUGCCAUCGAAAAGUUUAUUGCAGGGAGGUGACAAGAUCACAUUUUGAGAAGAAGCUGGAAAGAAGCCCAAGUGGAUUAAGAAGCCCCCGGAUGAGGACAGGAUCUCUGGGGAGAAACUCUAAGGUAUGAUGAGUACCUUCUGAGUCUCAGGAUGGUGGGAAUUAGCCAGUGGAUUGCAGGCAUGUUGUGGAAGUUGCUGAUGAGAUCCCAGCCCUGCAGGCUCUGUUCUUUCAGAAAGAUGCUAUCAGCUCCAAAAUACACACCUUUUCUAGCAUCCUUCACCUAUACAACUGAUAAUCAGUCAAAUAGAGAAAAUAAAAAGACAGUAGAAAAGCUCUAUAAAUUGUCAGUUGACAUCAGGAAAAUUCGAAGAUUAAAAGGAUGGGUACUUCUGGAGGAUGAAACCUAUGUUGAAGAAAUUGCAAAUAUUUUACAACAGCUAGGUGCCGAUGAGACUGCUGUAGCCAGUAUUUUGGAACACUGCCCAGAAGCAAUUAUCUGCAGUCCACCUGCUGUUAACACCCAGAGAGAACUCUGGCAGUCGGUUUGCAAGAACGAGAAAGAGUUAGUUAAGUUAAUAGAACAGUUUCCAGAAUCUUUCUUUACUGUUCAAGACCAGGAAAACCGGAAGCUGAAUGUUCAAUUCUUUCAAGAGUUGGGAUUCAAAAAUGUGGUCAUUAGUAGAUUUCUGACAACUGCAUCUAAUAUUUUUCACACUCCUAUUGAGAAGAAUAAGCAAAUGAUAAAUGUUCUUCAAGAGAGUUAUCUAAAUUUAGGUGGCUCUGAGGUCAACAUGAAAGUUUGGCUACUAAAAUUAUUAAGCCAAAACCCAUUUAUUUUGUUAAAUUCUUCUGCAUCUAUAAAGGAAACACUAGAAUUUCUCCAGGAGCAGGGUUUUACAAACUUUGAAAUUCUCCAACUUCUCUCCAAACUCAAAGGAUUUCUGUUUCAACUUUGCCCAAGAAGUAUACAAAACAGUAUGUCCUUCUCUAAAAAUGCUUUUAAAUGUACUGAUCAUGACCUGAAGCAAUUAGUUUUGAAAUGUCCUGCCCUUUUAUAUUAUUCCGUUCCAGUUUUGGAAGAGAGAAUUCAGGGAUUAUUGAAAGAAGGAAUUUCCAUAGCUCAGAUAAGAGAGACGCCAAAGGUUCUUGAAUUAACGCCACAAAUAGUACAGUACAGGGUAAGGAAAUUGAAUUCCUUAGGCUAUAGAAUAAAGGAUGGAUAUCUAGCAAAUCUAAAUGGAACAAAAAAAGAGUUUGAGGCUAACUUUGGUAAAAUUCAGGCCAAAAAAGGAAGGCCAUUAUUUAAUCCUGUGGCACCAUUAAAUGUUGAAGAGUAACUUGCUGACUGACGCGUCUUUCUAUCAGUGCCGAGUAAAACCAAGUAGCAAAACCGUGAUUCAGGCAUACUGUGGGCACCAGUAAUUUUAAGAACCUACUUAGCUUCUGAGUUGUGUUUAAAUGACCUCUAAGUAGAAAAUCUCUCACUCAAUUGCUGUACUUAAAAAUAUAAAUUGCAUUUAUUUUAAAUAAGGUUUGUAAUUUUGACCUUGGGCUAUUUCAAAAAACUAUUAAAUGGUCUAUCAGUGUGAU